CUGCUCCUCCCAGAUAUCUCCACCGUGGUUCUCUUUGGCGCCUGUAUCGAGGGAGUCCUCCUUAGAGACAAAUUUGGGGAUUCUGUGAAAGGGAACCUCGUCAUCGGCACGCUGUCCUGGCCCUCGCCCUGGGUCAUUGUGAUCGGCUCCUUCUUCUCCUGCUGCGGAGCGGGUCUGCAGAGUUUGACCGGCGCUCCUCGACUCCUGCAGGCUAUCGCUAGAGACGGCAUCGUCCCUUUCCUGCAGGUGUUUGGACAUGGGAAAGCUAACGGAGAACCGACGUGGGCUUUGCUGCUGACCGCCGGGAUCUGUGAGAUCGGCAUCCUCAUCGCCUCCCUGGACGCCGUAGCUCCUAUCCUUUCCAUGUUCUUCCUCAUGUGCUACCUGUUUGUCAACCUGGCCUGUGCUGUUCAGACGCUGCUGCGAACGCCCAACUGGAGACCCCGCUUCAGAUACUACCACUG